UCGGCGGUAUCCCAGCAACGGUCGCAGAGCGGAUGACGUCAGAGAAAAAGCGACCAAUAUUUUUGUGACUGUGACAGAAAGAAGGUCGUAGGCGGAAAGUAGUAUGGAGGGAGCUGUGGGGAUGAUGAGGCUCCGGCAGCUGUACUGCAGCCUUUCUAGGAGUCCGGGAUUGAAAAGACACUGCUACGCUACAGUCCAUGCUGGAUCCACCAGACUUUAUAGCUCAGGCCUUAACACGGAUGAAGAAAGGGCCUUGUUGGAUAGAAUAAUCCGAGUGGAUCAUGCUGGAGAAUAUGGAGCAAAUCGUAUUUAUGCAGGACAGAUGGCAGUGCUGGGCAGAUCUUCUGUAGGGCCCAUCAUUCAGCACAUGUGGGAUCAAGAGAAGGAUCAUUUGCAAAAGUUUAAUGAGUUAAUGGUUUUGAACAGAGUGCGGCCUACGGCACUUCUGCCCUUCUGGAACGUGGCAGGAUUUGCUUUGGGGUUCGGGACAGCACUACUUGGGAGAAAGGGGGCAAUGGCCUGUACUGUGGCUGUGGAGGAGACCAUAUCCAGUCACUAUAACAAUCAGAUCAGAGAGCUUAUGGAGAGGGAUCCUGAAAAGCACAAGGAAUUGCUACAGACAAUAAAGAAGUUUCGAGAUGAUGAGAUGGAACAUCAUGAUACCGGACUGGAACAUGAUGCAGAACUGGCUCCAGCUUAUUUUUUACUGAAGAACGCCAUACAAGUGGGAUGUCGAGCUGCUGUCUAUUUAUCAGAACGCAUAUAAGGAAAGGGACAUUUUUAUCUGUUUUACUUUUGUCUUAUAAAGUGAACACCUAUUUUUACAUGGCAUAUUAAAGGGGUACUCCAGCCCUAAGACAUCUUAUCCCCUAUCCAAAGGAUAGGGAAUAAGAUGUCUGAUGGCGGGAAACCCGCCACUGGGGACACCCGCAAUCUCUCAUGCAGCACCCACCAGAGUAUCGUGACGUCACGACUCCACCCUCGUGUGAUGUCACGCCCCGCCCCCUCAAUGCAAGUCUAUGGGAGGGGGCGUGACGUCCGUCACGCCCCCUCCCAUAGAUUUUCAUUGAGGGGGCGGGAGUGACAUCACACGGGGGCCGAGUCGUGACAUCAUGAUAUUCCGACCCCGUGGUCAUGAGGCUUCAGAAACGGAAUGAUCAUCACUUUGUGCAGUUGGGACAGGUGGGAGCUGCAUGAGAGAUUGUGGGGGUCCCAAGCGGCGGGACCCCCGCGAUCAGACGUCCCUUAUCCUUUGGAUAGGGGAUAAGAUGUUUUAGGGCCGGAGUACCCCUUUAAGAAGGAUGCAGGUGCCCUCCAGACGUGAUGAGAAUUUGGAGAGUUUAAAGACAAUCACUAAGUGGCAGUGUGGAUUUAUGCUCUAAAGACUUUAUGCCAAAAAUGAACUGUCCAUGAAAAUGCUAUAAAAUGUUCUGUGCCUCUUUAGAAUGAAGGCAGUGAUUUAAAGGACAGAGAUCGGGGCUAAUGGGGAUAUAGCUCCUCAGUUUAUCAAGAGCCAAUGAUAACUGCCACAUUUCUUGAUCUAUAUGUGUUUAAUCCGUAUGGUGCGAUUAAAACUUCAUUUACUUUUCUUUUCUUUACGUUAAUUAGUUACGGUAUUUAUGUUUUUCCCCUAUUUUUGUAACAGCAAUAAUAUUCUACAGCCCUGUACAAACACUGCAGUCACCCCAGUCCUUGUGCUCAUCGGAGCCUCAGGUGUUUGACAACUUAAAGUUGGACAUGAAAAUGAAAAAUCAGAUUUUUAACACUAAAAUGCUGGUGUUACCCCAAAUUUUUCAUUUCCACAUGGGGUAAUAGUAGAAAAUGGACCCCAAAAUUUGAAGCCCAAUUUCUUGCGAUUAAGGAAAUGCCCCAUAUGUGGACGAAAAGUGCACUACAGGUCUCAGAACAGAAGGAGCGCCAUUGUGCUUUUGGGGAGAGAAUUUUGCAGGAAUUGAAGUCGGGGGCCAUGUUGGUUUACAAAGCUCCCAUGAUGCCAGAGCAGCAGAAACCCCCCACAUGUGACACCAUUUUGGAAACUACACAUCUCAAGGAACGUAACAAGGGUUACUGUGCGUACUUACACCUUACAGGUUUUUUGAACAGUGGACCGUAAAAGGGAAAACUUUUAUUUUUAAUACUAUAAUGAAAGUGUUACCCCAAAUGUUACAUUUUCACAUGGGGUAAUAGGGGAAAAAGGCCCCCAAAAUUUGUAGUGCAAUUUUGCCUGAGAAAAUAAGAAAAUACCCUAUAUGUGGAUGUAAAGUGCUCUAUGGCUCACUAGAAGGCUCAGAAUAGAAGGAGCGGCAGUGGACUUUUGGAGAGAGAAGUUUGUUAAAAUUGAUGUCAGGGGCCAUGUGCAUUUACAAUGCUCUCAUUGUGCAAGAACAGCAGAAACCCCCCACAUGUGACACCAUUUUAGAAACUACACCCCUCGAAGAAGGUAACAAGGGUUACAUUUACAUUCACGGUUUUUGAACAGUGGGCCGUAAAUAUUAAACACUUUAUUUUUUAACACUGAAUUGCUGGUAUUAACCCAGAAGUAGGUGCAAAAAAAAAGGUUAGGAGUGAGACAGCACCAAUGAGAUUUGAGGCCUAAAGUGGUGAUAUGCACUGCAAUGGUUCUGAUAUAAAAUUGAAAAAAUAAAAUAAAAACCCGGCAAGUGAUCACAAUCUUGAAACCACACCCCUCAAGGAAGGUAACAAGGAGUACAGUGAGUACUUAUACCUAACAGUUUUUUUGAACAGUGGGCCGUAAAAUGAUAAAUUAGAUUUUUUUUUACACUACAAUGCUGUUUUUUUUGCCAUUUUCAGUGUCAUUUGUCAUUUUAAA